CUUGAUAGCCAUGGCGAAGAGUGAGGUGAAGCUUGUUGGUAAAUGGUCCAGUCCUUAUGUGAUGAGGGUGAAGAUUGCCCUCAACAUCAAAUCUCUUAAAUAUGAAAACUUUGAAGAGACCAUGACCUUAGUCCCCAAAAGUGAUCUUCUUCUUCAAUCCAACCCUGUAUAUGGCAAAGUCCCCGUUCUCAUCCACCAUGAUAAACCUAUCUGUGAGUCUCUGGUCAUAGUUGAAUACAUAGAUGAAACUUGGUCUACUGGUCCUUCUAUCCUCCCCUCUGAUUCUUAUGAUAGAGCAAUUGCUAGGUUCUGGGCUGCUUACAUAGACGAUAAGUGGUUUCCUCCAAUGCUAAACAUUAUAACUGUUGAAGGAGAGGAGGAAAGGAAGCCAUACUUUGAGAUGUUGGAAGAAGUGCUUGAGAGGAUAGAGGGUGCUUUUGGAGAAUGCAGCAAAGGAAAGCCCUUUUUUGGUGGAGAUAGGAUUGGGUUCCUUGAUAUUGCUUUUGGGAGCUUCUUGGGAUGGCUCAGUGUCAUAGAGCAAGAGUACUAUGGAAGUAAACUUCUAGUUGAAGCAAAAGCUCCUUCUUUGGUGAAAUGGGCUGAGAGAUUUGCUGCUGACCCUGCUGUGAAGGGGCUUAUACCUGAGACUGACAAGCUUAUUGAGCUUGGCAAGUUACUUCAGAUCAAAUGGAGAGCUGCUAUUGGCAAGAAAUAGAAUUUGGGAUUUGCUAGUGCAUAUGAUCCUUAUUGUAUGAUGAAUUGUGUGAAAAAAUAAAAUUCACUUUGUGAGAUGGGUUUUCUAAGCAGUUUUAUCUUUCUUCUCUCUGUGUUCCUUUUGGGUUGUCCUCUCAUUUGCUUUGAUGCUUUAGGGACACGUAAUUGUGCUGUUCAACAACUUCUUACAUUCACUUUAAAGUGUCAUCACUUGAUUUCA